AUGUGGUUCGAGACGUGCAUCCAACUCCAAGACACAGCCAUCGUCAUGAUCGUAGCGACGGGGUUGGUGUUCUUCCGGUCCGCGUUGUCCGCUGGCUUGGUUGGUUUGGCGUUCAACUACGUCCUCAUGGCCGAUGCAUGCAUUGUCGACUUGGUCAAGACUUAUUCGUACUUGGAAGUUGGCAUGGUAUUUCCUGAGCGCGGGAAUGACUUGACCGAUGGAGCGAUUUCGUUCAAGCAAGUUCAGUUUCGGUACAAACCAACCAGCGACAUGGUGCUGCGAGACCUCACGUGCAACAUUGCGGGCGGUGAAAAGAUUGGGAUCGUCGGCCGCACGGGCGCCGGCAAGUCGAGUCUCACCAUGGCCCUCUUCAGCAUGUACCCGUUGGUGUCUGGGUCGAUCCACAUCGACGAUCGAGACAUUGCGACGGUGGCCAAGCAAGACCUGCGGCGGCAGCUCUCGAUCAUUCCCCAGUCGCCCGUCCUCUUCAAGGGGACCCUCCGGCAGUACUUGGACCCGUUCGGGUCGUACGACGACGCUGCGUUGUGGUCGGUGGUGUCGAAGGCAGGGCUGCUCGCGCUCGUGAGCGACAUGCCGGACAAGCUGAGCACGGAGGUGGCAGACAAGGGGGCCAACUUGAGCGUGGGCAAGCGGCAGAUGCUGUGUCUGGCGCGGGCGUUGCUGGUGCAGUCGAAGAUCGUGGUGCUGGACGAAGCGACGGCUGCGAUGGACCACGACACGGACGUGCGUUUGCAGGAGGUGAUUGCGACCGAGUUCGCCGAGGCGACCGAGCUCACGAUCGCGCAUCGGCUGCACACGAUCAUGCAAUCGGACCGGAUCAUGAAGGCGUAUUCUAUCGACUCGCCAAGGACGGCGGUGUCCCGCAGCGACUAA